AUGGCCCAGGAACAUCAACUGGCUGACAGGAUAGCUGACCUUCUUCAACAAAAAUAUGAUACUUUAAAAUCUUCUUCAAAACCAGUUGCUAGAUCGAAUGGCAUUAAAGAAUGGACCGUCUUUGCUGGUAUUGUUGCUAUAAAUACAGAUACGAAUGAUCUUAGAGUUAUUUCUUUAGCGACAGGUGUGAAAGCUUUACCAAAUAAGGAAUUAGAAAGAAGUGGUGGUAAAAUGUUACAUGAUGGUCAUGCUGAAAUUGUAGCCCUUCGAGGAUUCAAUACAGUCAUAUUACAACAAAUUUAUCAGCUGAAAAAUGGGGAAGAAACUGAUUUGGUUAUACACUCUAAGGAUUCAGAGUAUUAUAGUUUUAAAUCUAAUCUGAAAAUUGCACUUUAUAUAUCACAGCUUCCGUGUGGUGAUAUUAGUAUGAGGAUGCUAAAAGAAAGAGAUAUUGCUCCCGAAGAACUUGCAAUAAAGGAUGAAGAUAGUAUUCAAUAUAUUAACCAGGACAAUAAGACAAUUUUACGAGGACGAUUGAAUUUCAAUAAGAAGGGAUAUGUAAGAACGAAACCAGGAAGAUUGGAUUCUCAACUUACAAAAUCAAAAUCUUGUUCCGAUAAAUUAUGCAUGAAACAAUAUACUUCAAUUCUGAAUUGUCUUACAUUCCAAUUACUUGAGCAACCUGUUUAUCUAGACUAUAUGAUUGUUCCCGGUAUGACAACAGAGAUGAAGGAAGAUAUUGAUCUAUGUUUUAAUAAACAAUUCGAGAGAUGUGUUGGAACACGGCAUGAAGUAUGUUAUUUAAGUACGAGUAAAGAGUUUAAGGAUACACGUAACACUAGUGAUCAGGAACCAAGUGCUAUAGGAGCAAUAAAAGUUUUCAUUGGGCAAGGCAAUAGUAUAGAACAAACAAUAUUGAAUGGUGUGAAGAACGGUUCUUAUACGAAGAAGAAUAAGCCAUUGAGGAAAAAUUGUGAAACUUUAGUUAGUCGAUUCUCUCAAUGGCAAAUUUUUAAAGAGAUCGAACCAAAAUAUUCCCAAAUGUCAUAUUUAGAUUUCAAACAGUCACAACAUGAACGUCGGAAAUUAAUCGAUUACACAAGAUCUAAAAUGUCCCCUGAUGGAUGGAUUUCCACACAAGAAGAUGAUUGCUUGCCAUAG